CUCACAAGUGAAACAACAGCACUUCAAACCCUCAACGCACAAUGUGGUUUCCAAGACAAAAGAAACUGUUCAAAUAGUACUCGCGCCAACAAUUGGAACAUACCAUCGAUCAGGAACCAAAUCUCACGAAAUAUCACCAGUUCACAAUGCAAUCAAACCUUUCAAAGAAUCGACUCUCGAAAUUUGAGUAAACUUUUAUUCGAGGAUUUCCAGCAAAUUGUUGCAAAACUGCGCAGUUUUUUCGUAUGUUAAAUAGUCUCUUGAAUCAUGACUGAGUGGAAAGAAAGUCUUUUUGGCUGUUUCAGCGACUGCAAAAUCACAAUUUGCGUGUUUCUUGUCCCAUGCUACGUACAAGGAAAAAUAGCGGAGUCUAUGGGGGACAGUUGCAUCCUGUACGGCUGUGCGUUCCUCAUCCCCCUAGCGAACCUUAUCAGCGCGAUAGUGCAGAGAGUCAAGGUGCGUGAGCAUAAAAGUAUCGAUGGAAGUUCCUUCGGAGACUGUAUGGCCGUGUUGUGCUGCUACCCGUGUGCACUAUGUCAGGAGGCCAUAGAAGUGGAGGCCAACCUCAUGGCAGAAGGCCAUACACAGACACCUUCUGCUACUCCCACCAUCAUCAGGGCAUGAAUGCAAACUGUGGAAAAUGAACUUGAAAUACUGUCAAACCGGAAAAACAG